AUGGCUCAGCGGCGGCUCACGGACUUCUUCGCGCGCCGCGGCCCCGGCUCCGCCGCGCGGCGGGCCAAGCCGGCCUGCCGCACCCCGAGCCCCGCGGGGCCCGUCCUCGCCUCGGGCGGCAGCCGCAAGCGCGCCCGGGCCCCCGCCGAGCCCGGGGCCGCCCGGCCCGCGCCACCCGCUCGCCGCCGGCUGCGGCUCUUCCCUGAUGUUCCCAGCUCCCCCGAUGUUCCCAGCACCCCAGAUGUCCCCAGCUCCCCAUCCCUGGGUAAGAGGACCAAGAAAGCCACAGCUACAGUGGAGCCCCAGCCCCACCCCAAGACCCACCAGGAAGAGGUCUCCUCUAAGAACUCCAUCUCUGAUCUCCGGUGUCGCCUGCAGCGGGCACGAGAAGCGGGUGCUAGGGUCCAGGCACUGAGGGCCCAAGCCCAGAAGGAUGUUGAGGAGGCUCUCAGUCCCCAGGCUGAGCAGCCUGCAGAGCCAUGUGGCGAGAAGGUUCCCGCCUACCAGCGCUUCCAUGCCUUGGCCCAGCCUGGGCCUCCGGGCCUUGUGCUGCCCUACAAGUACCAGGUGCUGGCCCAGAUGUUCCACAGCAUGGACACCAUUGUGGGCAUGCUUCACAACCGCGCGGAGACAGUGACCUUCUCCAAGGUCAAGCAGGGUGUACAGGACAUGAUGCGCAAGCGCUUUGAGGAGCGCAAUGUGGGCCAGAUCAAAACUGUGUACCCCGAGUCUUACUGCUUCCGUCAGGAGCGCAAUGUCCCCACCUUCAAGGAUGGCGUCAAGAGGUCAGAUUACCAGCUGACCAUUGAGCCGCUGCUGGACCAGGAGCCCGGUGGAGCUGCAGUCCCCCAGCUCACAGCCUCGCGCCUCCUGCACCGGAGACAGGUGUUCCGCCAGAACCUGGUGAGGCGCGUGAAGGAGCACCACAAGGUCUUCCUGGCCUCCUUGAACCCCCCCAUGGUGGUGCCUGAGGACCAGCUGAUGCGCUGGCACCCACGCUUCAACGUGGACCAAGUCCCUGACAUUGAGCCGGCAGAGCUGCCCCAGCCGCCCACCACUGAGCAGCUCACCACGGCCCGGGAAGUGUUGGCCCACGCUCGCAGCUUCAUGUCGCCCAAGAUGGAGAAGGCCUUGAGCGAGCUGGCCCUGCAUUCAGCUGAGUCUGGCAGCCCCGGCUCAGCUCUGCUGGCCACCCCACCUGCUGCCCUGCCGGCCACGCCACCCGCCACCCCCCCUGCCGCCUCCCCCAGUGCCCUGAAAGGCGUGUCCCUGGCCCUCCUGGAGCGGAUCCGGGCCAAGGAGGCCCAGAGGCAGCUGGCACAGAUGAUGCGGCAGCCAGAGCAGGACCUGCGCUUGCAGCGGCUGGAGCGGCUGCCUGAGCUGGCUCGUGUGCUACGCAGUGUCUUCGUGUCUGAGCGGAAGCCAGCACUCACCAUGGAGGUGGCCUGUGCCAGAAUGGUGGGCAGCUGCCGGGCCACUUUGAGCCCAGGUGAGAUGGAGAAGCACCUGCUGCUCCUGUCUGAGCUGCUGCCAGACUGGCUUAGUCUGCACCGUGUCCGCACUGACACCUACAUCAAGCUGGACAAGGCUGCUGACCUGGCGGACAUCGCUGGGCGGCUGGCCCGGCAGGCCCGUGCGGAGGGGCUGAGCUGAGCUGCCACGAGAGCCCCCCCCAUGCCCAUGCUUGCUCUCUGCCAGCAGGCGUCUCCGGGUCCCAGCCAGGCAGUCCCACGCCCUGGCCAGGGCCUCAUGUCUCUGCUGCUGUGGCAGGUGCACUGGGGGUCAUAACAGAACAUGAUUGUCACAGAUGCCCCCCAGAUACCCAUUGCCUAUCCUGAAGCAAACAUAUCAGGGUGGAGGAACAUUGCUGUCCAUCCCCAAGGCCUGUGGGUGGCCUCCACCCUGAGCAAUUCAACAUCCAAGGCUUACUUAGAUAGGCUUGAAGCUAAGACCAAACUGCGUCAGAUGUCAGGAACUUGCAGACUUGUGUUUAGGUUUGAGAGCAAUUAAUGAUGAGGGUCUAACCAUAGAUUAUUUUCUACAUUUUGGGCUGAAAUAGCUUGUAAAAAUUGAGCUCAUUUCGUUUUUUUAUUUUGCUCUAAGCAUUUAAGUAGGACCUGUAGUAUGGCUUGAUCUGUUAAACUCUAAAAUAAACAUUCCUAAUAUCUGAAA